AUGUCGACCCACACCCGAAAUGGAUUCCACGAAAUCAAACAAUCGAAAGCUAAUACCAGUUCUAUCGAGAAUUCUGAAAACGCUCCUGAACAAUGUCAACCUAUUCGCACAGAGACCAAGUCAUUGGAAAAUAAGGUGAUCGAUAAAUUUCUGGAUCGAGUACAUAAAGAAACUGUUAGCAGUGAAAUAAGAGAGAGAAAUCGGGAAAGAAAGCUUAAACGCGAAUCAGUUAUCCAGGAUGACUCUUCUGACUUAUCACAUAACAAAGAAACCGUUAACACUGUUAACGAUCAAGAUCCGAAAUUAUCACAUGAUACAGAAACCGUCAACGAUCAAGACUUGAAAUUACCACGUGGGGAAAAAACCAUUGCGAAUAUUAUAGAUGAGCAAGUCCAGAAAGGUAUUACAGAUUUCACUAUAGAUUCAAACUUAUCGCAUGAUACGAAAACCGUUAACAAUGUUAACGAUGAUUCAAAAUUGUCACAUGAUACAGAAACCAUUAAUAAUAUCUCGCAGGAACAUAAAAGUAUUACAAAUUCUACCGAAGAUUUAACUUUAAUGAAUGAAUUCGUACAAGGUUUAUUACAAGACUUUACCUCACAUAAUAAUCAAUGUUGGGAAUCUAUAGAGUUAACCAGUCCCACAUCCAUAUCGGAAAACCUCCAGAAGCUCGCACAUUUAUUUUAUCAGGCAA